UGGUUCAUGAAGAGUUAAGCCACCAACAGCCUGCCAGUCUAUGUGUGUGUGAGAGAGAGUGUGUGUGUGAGCAGAGCCUGUGCUGCGGAGGGGAGGUGGAGCAGAGGAGAAGAGAGGGACUGCUUCCUCCCCUCUCCCUCUCUUCUCUCUCUGUCUCUCUGUUGCUGCAAUAAAUCCGGCUUAAAGGACGAGAGCAGAGCAGCCCAGGGUGGAUUAAAGGAAAGUCCGUAUAAUACAGGCACCAGCUCGAGGGGGGGAGAAGGGGAGAAAGAAAGAGAGGGAGGAAGAAGAGACAAAGCCAGGAGGAGGCGAAGGAAGAGAGGACGGGAGGAUGAGUUGACGGCCGCCUUCCAAACUCCGGGAGGAGAGAAGAGAGGACCGAGGAACAGGUGCCACAAAGGGCAGCAUCCCACUCCGAGCAUCCUUUGGGGAUUACUCUCGGCAUCUUCGCGAUUCGAUCGUGGACUCGGACAUCCUCGGAUAUCAAUAUUCUUCAGGGACAGCUCUUUUCAGUACCAUUCCUUCUGACACCGAGCUCAGCACACAUCGGAAUCCGGUCUCGGCAUCCUUUGGGUACCACUCGGAGCAUCCUUUGGGGACCGAUCUCGGCACGUUCACAGCAUCCGUUGAGGGUUGAUCUCGGCAUCCCUUGGGUACCACGUUUGGCAUCAUCGUCAUCCCUGAGCAUCCCUUUGGGUGCCACUCUCCGCAAUCUUUGGGGACAGACCUUGGUAUCCUUUGAGAGAGGUUGUCUGCAUCUUUCAAGUACGAAUCUCAACAUCCUUUGGGUACCACUCACAGCAUCCUUUGAGGACUGAGCUCAGCAUCCUGUGGAUACCCAUCUCGGCAUUAUUUCGGAACUUGCUUCGGCAUCCUUCCGGUACCAGUCUCAUCAUCCUUUGUGGACUGAUCGCAGCAGCCUUUGGUUAACCCUUUCAGCAGCCUCUGGGUACCACUGACUGCAUCCCUCGGGUACCAUUCACAGCAUCCUUUGGGGACUGAGUUCGGCAUCCUUCGAGCUCAACAUCCUGUGGAUACCCGUCUCAGCAUCCUUUGGGGACAGAUCUCAGUGUCUUUUGGGUACCACUCACAGCAUCCUUUGGGGACUGAGUUCAGCAUCCUUCGGGUACAACUCACAGAAUCAUUUUGGUACUGAGUUCGGCAUCCUUCGGGUACCACUCACAGCAUCAUUUUGGUCCUGAGUUCGGCAUCCUUCGGGUACCACCCACAGCAUCCUUUGGGGACUGAGUUCAGCAUCCUUUGGGUACCACUCACAGCAUCCUUUUGGGACUGAGUUCGGCAUCCUUCGGGUACCACUUACAGCAUCCUUUUGGGACUGAGUUCGGCAUCCUCCGGGUACUCUCACAGCAUCCUUUUGGGACUGAGUUCGGCAUCCUUCGGGUACCACUCCCAACAUCAUUUUGGUACUGAGUUCGGCAUCCUUUGGGUACCACUCACAGCAUCCUUUGGGGACUGAGUUCAACAUCCUUGGAGCUCAGUAUCCUGUGGAUACCCGUCUCAGCAUCCUUUGGGGACAGAUCUCAACGUCUUUCGGGUACCACUCACAGCAUCCUUUUGGGACUGACCUCAGCAUCCUUCGGGUACCACUCACAGCAUCAUUUGGGUACUGAGUUCAGCAUCCUUCGGGUUCCACUCAGCAUCCUUUGGGGACUGACCUCAGCAUCCUCCGGGUACACUCACAGCAUCCUUUUGGGACUGAGUUCGGCAUCCUUUGGGUAUCACUCACAGCAUCGUGUGGAUACCCAUCUCGGAAUAAAUUCUGAACUUGCUUCGGCAUCUUUCUGAUACCGGUCUCGGCAUCCUUUGUGGACUGAUCUCAGCAUCCUUUGAUUUAUCCUCUGGGUACCGCUCACAGCAUCUUUGAGGACUGGACGCAGCCUCCCCCGUUUGAUUCCUUCCUUCCCACCCAGGCAUCCAUCCUUUCUUCCUGUCCCCCCGUCUCCCCACAUCCCUCCCUUUGGCCCCCUUUUCUCCUCCUCUUCUGGACUCCGAACACACGAUGCUCCCUGCUUUGCCUGCUGGAUGCCUCCGAUGCUCCAUCUCCUCCUUCUCCUCCUCCUCUUCUUCUUCCUCAGCCCUCUCCCUCUUGGCCCCGUCUCUGCCCAUGUCUCCGCUGCCGUUGUCGAUGAUGCCCGAUGCCUAAACGCGGCAAGCGCCUUUUUGGGAACCAGAUGGAUUUUCUCUUCCCGGGGCCAAGACACCAACGAUGAAACGCCUCCUGCUGCUCUGCUUCCUAGUCAGCAAACUUUUCCAUGCCGUGCUGGGUUACCUGACGGUCAGCAUCGAGCCGCUCCCGCCGGUGGUGGUUGGGGACGCCGUGACCCUGAAAUGUAACUUCAAGACGGAUGGAAGGAUGCGAGAAAUUGUCUGGUACCGGGUAACAGAUGGUGGGACCAUCAAGCAGAAGAUCUUCACCUUCGACGCCAUGUUCUCCACCAACCAGUCGCACAUGGAGAAUUACCGGAAACGGGAAGACCUGGUCUACCAGUCCACUGUACGGCUUCCAGAGGUCCGGAUCUCGGACAACGGCCCCUAUGAGUGCCACGUCGGGAUUUACGACCGAGCGACCCGGGAGAAGGUGGUACUAGCGUCCGGCAACAUCUUCCUCAACGUGAUGUCUCCUCCGACUUCCAUCUCCGUAAUCGCUGCCGACACGCCGGCCCCUUUCAGCCGCUACCAGGCCCAGAACUUCACUUUAGUCUGCAUUGUCUCCGGUGGGAAGCCUGCCCCAAUGGUGUAUUUCAAGCGGGACGGGGAAUUGAUAGAGGUGGUCCCGCUCAUGGAGCCCCCCCUCAACGCCGCCGGCUUGCAAGAGGCCCGCUCCUCCCGCAACCUCUUCCGCGAGGCGGACGAUACCAAGAUGCACCGCUCGCUCUCCCUGCUGAACGGGGAAGAGCGGGGCGGCAGGCCCUCCACCGAGCAGCCCUCCAAGGGCCUCACCCCGGAGCAGGGACUCUUGUUCAGCCCAGCCACCGAGGUCAUGCCAGAGACUGUGGUGAGCCGGGAGUUUCCCCGCUGGAUCCAGAACAUGGAGCCCGUCUACUACUUCCACCACACCCACAUCCCCAUCAGCGACGGCACCGUGGAAGUGCGGGCCAUCCUCAUGUGGACGCUCAACCCCCAGAUAGACAAUGAGGCCCUCUUCAGUUGCGAGGUCAAGCACCCAGCUCUCUCCAUGUCCAUGCAGUCGGAAGUCACGCUCGGUAAGGUAGCAGGAGGCGGGGAGUGGGGCUGCCAGGGGUGA